AUGCCGCCUGACAGGCGUGUGAGAAAUGGUGGCUGUUGGACUUGCAAGCUUCGCCGCAAGAAAUGUGAUGAGAGUCGCCCAAUAUGCGGCGACUGCAACAGCCUCAAGAUAGAUUGCAAGUACGGAUCAAAGCCUUCUUGGAUGGAUGGUGGGGAUCGACAAAGGCAGAAAGCCUUCUCCCUCAAGGAAGAGAUCAAGCGGAACGCGGCACAGAAGAGAGAGAAGGCGCAAGCCCUCAACAAACCGACCGCUCACGCUGUCGACCACCGCGUCAAUGUCAUGUCUGAUUUCACCAUCCCACGGAGCUCGUCCAACGGCCAGCCUACUGUUCUUUCAGAUCGAAACGAACGAAUAUCGGUGUCUCAUAGUCGCACAAGUAACAAUGACGAACUUACGCUUAUGGCUUCUCUACCUUGGGGUCACCAACAACACCAUCGCUCGGAUACACUAGAGCGAGCCUCUGCUAACGAGAUGAACUUCAUCAUGAAGUAUCUUGACUUUAUCUUCCCGGCACUGUUCCCGCAUUAUCAAUCGCACAUUUUCGAGACUGGCCGUACUUGGCUGCUACAGUUGCUGAAGAAGAGCAAAAUCGCUUAUCAUGCUAUUCUUGGCUUAUCGUGCUUUUAUUUCACCUUGGCGCUUACCGAUGCCGAGAGAGGUGCAGAACACAUGAGUUGCAAAGAAAUGCGGUGGGAAGAAGUGGAUCAGGAAAGCAAGAGGUGUUUCGUAAGUCUGCGUUCUGAUGUACAAGCACUAGAUCUGAGCUCAAGAGGCACGCUCACUACGGCAUUGGAAAAGACGACGCUUAUGAUCAGCAUCACUCAGGUCAUCAUAUUUGAGAUGACGAUGGGUAGCUUUGCUCCUUGGCAGACGCAUCUUCCUGCUGCCCUCACCUUAUUCGAGGAGGUUAUGGCGAGCCCUGAAGCACGUUUGUCACAUCGAGGUCAACCCCAAUCAGAGUUCGCUUCCGUACUGCUGGGCAUUGGAGACCCGCUAUGGACCAACCCAAAACCCAGCAAUCACAUUUGGUCGCCAGAUCAAGCUGGCUUUCGCUUUUGUGCCGGCUUGUUAAUAUUCAUCGAUGUUAUGGCAAGCGUCACCAUUCGAGACACGCCGCGACUUCUCAAUUACCACACCCAAAUCCUUGCUGAGAUUGACGAUGGAACACCUGUUGUUGGUGAUGCUGGUGUCCAGCUCUCAUGCAUCGUUGGAUGUCAUAACUGGGUCAUCCGGUCAAUUGCGGAUAUCUCAGUCUUGGAUGUAUGGAAAAGGGAACAAAUUCGGUCUAAUGAUCUCUCCGCUACGGAACUCAACAAUCGCGCCGUCAACAUUUCCUAUGAAUUGGAUCAGUUUAUCGACACAACUCUAAGCCGCCUUUCAUCUUCAGGCAAUGCAACAGCAUUUUUGGUCUGGGCAUAUGCGGCAAAAUUGUAUCUAUCAAUUGUCACCGACGGCUGGCAACCUUCUGCCCCUAAAGUUAGAGCCAGUGUCGGUGAAAUUAUCGCUUUGCUCAGAACAGUUGCGCCAGUACAAAUGCGUACUCUCGCUUGGCCACUUUGUGUUGCUGGUUGCCUAGCGCAGCGUUCUGAGCAACACCUCUUCCUAGGACUCAUUGUGCAUCUACCUAGAACCCUCAAAGCGGGCGCACUGGAUGAUGCUCAGCAUAUCAUGCGAAAAGUUUGGUAUCCCAAAAUGCUGUUGGAUGCUAGCACAUGGGACCUUGCAUCUUGUUUCGCCAUCCUAGGGUCACCGAUUUUGCUCGUCUGA